AACAAUCUGCUGCCUUUGCAAUAGUGGUAGGUGCGUUGCCAAAUAACUUGAGAGUGGAUUUGCACUCGAUUAGGUACACCAUCCCAGUGCAAGUGAUCAGCCAGUAUGUAUAAUAAAAAUCAAGCUUUUACAGACAUCAAAUUAGUAUUAAUUUCUUCUAAGGGCCUCAUCAGCCUGCAUGGACACCUUCAUUUCGCGCUUGGUGAAAAACCGUGCUGCACUGAAAUCCACUUCCACUACUUAGUUACCUUAUUACUUACAAUGGAAACAUUUUAGAAGCAACUUUCAGUAACCUCUCGAUCUUGUGUUUUUCUAAAGGCAAAGUGAUUGCUUGUAUAAUACUUUUUUUGAUGUUCAUGAAAAGAAAAAGAAUGUGUGAGUGGGUGCGCGCCCGUGUGUGCGUGUUGGGCGGAAUUCAUCUUUUUUUUUCCGGAGUGUGGGGGUGGUUACAUGGUUGGCAGCAACUGUGCAGUCACUGUGAUCAUGCGCAUUUGCUCGUGCACGCUGCUUUCCCCAAAAGAGGUUCCAGUUGAUCUCCCGAGCCACUUUGUCUUGAUCCUCAUCGCACGCCUACUUGCAACCUCGCUCUUAUUUAUCGUCAUCCCAAACAUGGAACCCUCCAAGACUCCCCACGGUUUUUGCCUCAAGUCUUCAUUCAGCAUCAGUAACUUGUUGUGGAAGAACCGGGAGACAUCUAGUCAUCAGGACCGGAGCGUACUGGUUGAUUCUGAACCAAUGAGGAAUGAUGAAGACGAGAAAAGUUGCCUUAAAGCCGACAAACCUCCAUUUAGUUACAACGCUCUUAUCAUGAUGGCCAUUCGCCAAAGUCCGGACCGACGUCUCACCUUGAGCGGCAUCUACGAAUUCAUCAUGCACAACUUUCCCUUCUACAGACACAACAAACGUGGUUGGCAAAACUCAAUACGGCACAACUUGAGUCUGAACAAAUGUUUCAUCAAAGUGGCGCGCCAUGACGACGAUCCCGGCAAAGGAAAUUACUGGAUGCUGGACUCGUGCAGUGAGGACGUCCUCAUCGGGAGCACCUCGGGGAAACUACGGCGUAGGAUCCCACUUGGUACCAGGACUGGUACCUCCUUUGCAUCCAGGAGAGCUGCGGUUCGGUUGAUGUCCACUAGCUCCUUUUACUGGCCGCCGGUACCACCCUUGGUGCCGCUUCCAUCAUCAGUGCGCACCUACCACUUGGAAACAGAACAUCACGUGAGUGCGCACACUCGCUUGUCUACGUCGCCUGUACACGCAUCACGGGCAACUUAUGCAAACCCCGGCGGUCUCACAAGCUUCGUGAAAGCACACCAAGAAGAAUUUGAUUUUGGACUCUGCUCCGAGGAAAACGCUUGGCAACGAAAAUUCUCUACAUCCAUCCCAACAUGCACCUGUUGUCUCCAGGAUCAACGUUCUUUCGGCAUGAUCUCAGGACAAGCCAACUUCUUCAAAAUACCGUGUGGUGACUGGGAGUCAGCUAACAAGACGUUCCUCGGACAGUCUGUACCUAGUCACUCUGACCUGGGAAGAAGCUGGGGUGACCUUUGCUCCCUUCGUCUAGGAACAUAGUAGAUGCAGGAAACAGCCUGUGAGCAAGAGCAUUUGAUACAGUUGGAUAUAGAGUUUUAAAGCCAUCAGUAAUUCCCAAAACAAAUAUUUAAUGUCGUUUCCCUAUAACACAAAUUUGUUGUCCCCCUCGACUCCACCUAGGUCCUAGCCGUGUGGUUUUCUGCUAGAAUUCUUUUUAUUUUUAAAGGUUUUGAAUAGUUCUGCAGAUUUUUUUGCUUUACGUAGGCUACAGUGAAUACAUGUUUUAUUAACAAUAAUAAAUGCUACAACUUAAUGCUGGGUUUAUAAACAUUUGUAUACUAUAUGUUUAGACAACAAUAACACACCUAAAGCGGCUAAAAACCAUUAGUAGGCUUUUUACCUUUUCUCCAUAAUAAUGAAUACUGCAUGCUGUAAACUAUGUCAUUUGAAAUUUUGAGGUGCAAAACUAAGUCAAAUCAAGAAAUAUAACAAAGUAGUCCAACAAAUAAAGCAUGAAGUAAACAACUUUCCACAUAAAAUUAUACUUGUUGCUGCCAAUUGUAAAAUAUCUUUAAGGGAGGAGCAUGGUAGAAAACUUAUUAAUGUAAGUAUGCGUGAGUAAAACCAAAUCUGAAAUGGAUAAUUAAAUUUGCAGUUCUUGAACACAGAAUUUAUUAAACUCUGAUCAGAUGAUUGAUAAUACUUAUUUUAUGUAUUUUACUACUCAGUAAAAAGGUCCUCUUUUUAUGUGUCGUCUCACUGCUGAAACAAAGAAGGGCUUUCAGAGGCUAUUAUGGUGAUUACAAUUUGAAAACAUAUUUAAGGUGCAUGUGAAAAUAGAAUAAUAAUAUGACAUUUUGACGUGGACAUUCUGGUGAUUGCGAAUCUUCUUUAAAUUAUUUGACUACAGUUUGAAUGUUUCAUCCAAGUUUAUAAUGCUCUGAAUAUUAAUUUGAACUGUCAAAAUAAAUUGAUAUAAGAUUACAGCCCUUAAGCACAUUAUUUUUAUUUUGCCCAUAUGCCAUGUAUUUUUCAUUUAACCUGUAAAAUGGUAGGACGUAGUGAUGGGGGUUUUUGUCGUUAUGAGUUUGCAUAUUCAUCAAUAUGUUUACUACCCAUUGAAUUACUAGUUACGUUUAUUAAGAUUAUGCCCGAAAGAAAGGUGGAUGAAAACUGUUAACGGUUAACCUGCAUGAAAUACUUACGCUGUAUAAUAGUGAGCAGUCAUAUCAGUCUGAAUAAAGCACAUUUAAAAUGCAGUACUGUGCGUGGUUUUUGAGUGUGUUUCUGGCUCAUCUCAGUUGGUUACUUCAAUAAGGUAACUAGUUGCAAAAUCUAAACACAAUAAGAUGAUUGAAACGCACUGAGCUAUUUUUGGGGGCCUGCUGAGGUCCACAGUUGAUCUGGCUGUCUUUUAGCAGAAAACUAAUAUCAUGUCUCAUGUAGGUAAUCUCAUCAGAAACACUUCUCAUCACACACUUGUCACACAGUUCUUCACCAUAUCUGCAGGCCGCAACCAUGACAGCAAGCACGAUUAAAAAUGAAUUGAUCAGUUUUAGCAAACAUCUUCUUCAGCAUAUUGCAGGUAUUUUCUCUAAUCCUAACAUCAAGUAUCUCA